GGUAAGCACUUGGGUGCAAUAAUAAUCCCUCCCUCCUCCCCCUUCUCUCUAUUUUUCCUUGGUAUUAAUUUCGUGUAAUAUUACAGUAGUAUUACUACAUCUUUGGUUUUAAUGGCGAUUCCUGUGAUCGACUUUUCAAAACUUGAUGGAGAGGAGAGGGCUAAGACAAUGGCUCAGAUUGCAAAUGGCUGUGAGGAAUGGGGAUUCUUCCAGUUGGUGAACCAUGGAAUCCCUGUGGAGCUCUUGGAGAGGGUGAAGAAGGUGUGUUCUGAGUGCUAUAAGAUGGAAAGAGAAGAAGGAUUCAAGAGCUCCACACCUGUGAAGUUGUUGAACGACUUAGUGCAAGGCAAGACUACUGGGGAGAAGCUGGAGAAUGUGGAUUGGGAGGAUGUAUUCACUCUUACUGAUGACAGUACUGAGUGGCCAUGCCAGAACCCAGACUUCAAAGAAACCAUGACAGAAUACAGAAGAGAAUUGAAGAAACUGGCAGAGAAAGUGAUGGAGGCAAUGGAUGAGAACCUGGGUUUACCAAAAGGAUACAUUAAGAAGGUCUUCAAUGGUGGAGAUGGGCUGGAGAACCAGGCUCUCUUUGGCACCAAAGUCAGCCACUACCCACCUUGUCCUCGUCCAAAACUGGUGAAUGGCCUUCGAGCCCACACAGAUGCUGGGGGUGUCAUCCUGCUGUUCCAGGACGACAAGGUGAACGGCCUGCAAAUCCUAAAGAAUGGAGAAUGGAUUGACGUCCAACCAUUAGAGGACUCCAUUGUCAUCAACACCGGGGAUCAGAUCGAGGUAAUAAGUAAUGGCCGAUACAAGAGCGUCUGGCACCGUGUACUGGCGACUCCUGAUGGUAACAGAAGAUCCAUUGCCUCCUUCUAUAACCCAUCCUUGAAAGCAACAAUAGCUCCUGCCCCAGAAAUAAUGGACCCAGUUGUCAAAGAGAUGAAUCAAGCUUACCCAAAGUUUGUGUUUGGUGAUUACAUGUCUGUAUAUGCAGAGCAGAAGUUUCUCCCCAAGGAACCGAGGUUCCAAGCUGUAGGGGCCAUGUAAGGAGAUAUAUGUGAGAGUGGAUAAGAGAUCAUUUUAGUAAUAAUGCAUACACUUCAGC